AUUUGGAGCUUUCCUUCUUGUUUAAUCACUCACUCACCAACAAUAAUGUAAAAGAAAUACUAGUAGAUUUCAAAUUCACACAGAUCUCACUCAUUUCGUUCUGGGAUCUCUUUUCAUUCGCACUUUCUAUAUACCCGUCAGGCCCUCCUCCAAAACACCGUUCAUAAUUAAUUUUGAUCGAUUUCGAUUCGGUUUUGCUCAACGAUACAUUCACAAACAACAAACCCAUUCAUGGCCAAGCAAGCAUUAAGACCAAAAAUCCAAAAUCAUAAAGUGCCCAACCCGUGACUCAAUCCCAUUCCCAAACAUCACUAAUUCCACCCCCCACUAUAUAUAAAAUCAUGCACUACCACCACAAAAAACCCACAAAACCCACUUCAAAAUUCUUCCUCAUUGCCAUGUCUUCUCUCUUCCUUCUCUCUCUACUCUCUCUCCUCAUUUUCUCCGCUCUUCCCUCCUCCGCCAUCCGAAACCACCACAACCACCGCCACGACGGCAAAGCUUCUGCCACGUCAGCCACAUCAAUCCAACAAGCAUGCAAAGCCGCAAGAACACUAAACACACAGUUAUGUGAAACGUCGCUUAUCCAAUCCAAACAGGUGCCGCCCGACCCGACUGCGGCCCAAAUCAUACAGGCCUCGAUUUGGGUCACAACCCAAAACCUCGUAAAAGCCCAAUCCAUGGUCCAAACCAUCCUGGACUCGUCCGGAUCAAACCUCAACCGCUCCAACGCGGCCCAGAACUGCGUCGAGUAUUUAAAAACCUCCGACUACAGGAUCAAAUCGGCGGUCGAGGCGCUGCCACGUGGCAAGACGAAAGACGCGCGCGCGUGGCUCAGCGCGGCUGAAGCCUACCAAUACGACUGCUGGUCGGCGCUCAAGUACGUCAACGACAGUCAACUCAUCAACCAAACGAUGUCGUUUAUGGACACGCUGAUAAAACUCUCUAGCAACUCAUUGAGCAUGACUAUGGCUUAUGACGUGUUUGGCAGCCAAACUGGGUCAUGGGUCCCGCCCCGAACCGAGCGAGACGGGUUCUGGGAAAACCCAUCCGGGUCGGAUCUCGCGUCGGGUAAAAUCGGGUUGCCGGGCGAUUUGAAGCCGGAUGUGACGGUGUGUAAGGGCGGCGCGUGUGAUUACAGCACGGUGCAGGAGGCGGUGAAUGCGGGGCCCAGUAAUGGGAAACGGUUUGUGGUAUUGAUUAAAGAAGGGGUUUAUGAUGAAACGGUUCGGGUUCCGUUAGAAAAGAAGAAUGUGGUUUUUUUGGGAGAUGGAAUGGGUAAAACCGUUAUAACCGGGUCAAGAAAUGUGGGUCAACCCGGAGUUUCUACGUAUAAUUCAGCCACUGUGGGUGUCAAGGGGGAUGGCUUCAUGGCGAGUGGUCUCACGAUACAGAACACGGCCGGUCCUGAUGCUCACCAAGCAGUAGCAUUUGUGUCUGACAGUGAUCUAUCAGUUAUCGAGAAUUGUGAAUUUCUGGGGAAUCAGGACACCCUUUAUGCCCACUCACUCCGUCAAUUCUACAAGUCUUGCCAUAUUGAAGGAAAUGUGGAUUUCAUAUUUGGAAACUCUGCUUCAGUCUUCCAGGAUUGCACUAUCCUAAUCCGACCCCGGCAACUCAAACCGGAGAAGGGAUCGACAAAUGCCGUGACGGCACAUGGGAGGAUAGACCCUGCUCAGUCGGCAGGCUUUGUAUUCCAUAAUUGCCUGAUAAAUGGCACGGAGGAGUAUAUGCAGUAUUAUAAUAGCAACCCAAAAGUGUAUAAGAAUUUUUUGGGAAGGCCAUGGAAGGAAUUUUCAAGAACAGUAUUUAUAGAUUGUGUUCUGGAAGCUCUUAUCACUCCUCAGGGUUGGAUGCCUUGGACUGGCGAUUUCGCAUUGAAAACUCUUUACUAUGGGGAAUUUAACAGCUCGGGUGCUGGAGCAAACGUCUCCGCGCGUGUGCCAUGGAGCAACCAGAUACCUGCUAAUCAUGUCGGAUCAUAUUCUGUGCAAAAUUUCAUUCAAGGCAAUGAAUGGAUUCCUACAUCUUCCUGAGUAACUUGACAUAGAUCUAAUAUUACAUGAUGUGAUUUUUCGAGUAAUAUGUUACUUGCUAUAUGCUGAGUGUGAAGUCUUAUUUGGUACUUUCGCUGUAAUUACAAAUUAAAUAGUAUAAUUCUGUGGUGAGAGUGAAAUUUAAAUUAUUAUCAUCCA